AUGGGUAUCCACGGACUCACAAGUUACGUUAAUUCGAUCCCAAAUCUUUGGGAAGAGAUCAUUCUUCGAGAUACCAAACUAGUCAUAGAUGGGUCUUGUUUGUGCUACUAUCUUUAUGUCAGUAAUGGAUUUGACUUCCGGUGCGGUGGGCAAUACGGCGAGUUUUACCACGCGGUUGAUUCGUUUUUUACUGCUUUGAGUUCUAAACGAGUCGAGUGCUUUGUGAUCUUCGAUGGCGCGGACGAUCCAAGCGACAAAAAACUGGAAACACUCCAGAAGCGAGCAAUCCAGAAUAUUCAAAGGGCGAAUGCUUUGGCAAAAUCAGCUGAUGACCGCGAGUUCUUACUUCCGCUUUUGACCAAAGUUGUUUUCCUACAAGCGCUAAGGAAUCGUGGCAUUCAAUUUGCAGUUUGCGACAGGUAAAUAAUAUUAAGCUUUGAUAAACACACUGUUUCGAAAAUUUUGAAAGCGGGAAUUCCCCCAUGGUGAGAUAGCCGGAAAAGGCGGAGGUUGAGGGAGGGGCAGUCGUCUUACGGGCAAUGGUAAGAAGUGAGCCGUUCGCGGGAAGCGAAAGGGACAGCGAACGACCUCGGACGUCUGAGAAUCAGGCUAUGAGUACCGAUGCGACAAAGUUGUUCACAGCCCUCAAUUUUUUCCGUAUUUUUAUUCGAUAACCAUACAAACUGGAAGCAAACUGCGUCGGAGCGUGAGGGGAUAGAGGGCUUGUUCGCCCCUUGCCUGCGGACACGGCAGGUACAAAACGCAGGUCGCAGGUCACAGGUCACUGUGCUACAGUAAAUGUUAGGGAGCUUUAGUAUUGACGACGGCAACGGCUGCGAAAACGUCAGUUUUAAAAUGAAUUCACGUUUUUUCAAUCUUUGUCGCGUUUAUUCCAAUUUGCUGAAUAUGGCAAGUGUAGGCGAAUUUCUCAGGAGUUGAUUUCUUGAGGACCGUACUCAAGUUUAGAGAGAGAAAAAGAGAUUCGUCGUCGAUUGUUUACGUCCUCCAUAACACUUGCAAUUAGGCAUUUUCAUGUCGUUGUCGUGCAAGGACGGUAAAGAAAUGUACAAAAAGCGUGAUGCACGUGCAAAGUUGUUGUUUUGCGUAAUAAACCUAUUGCUUUUUUGACGUCCUGGUUGCCGUCGCUGUCGUCUUUGCUAAAGCUCCCUAUUAAACAACCAAACCCGAAUCACAAUUUAAAACUGAGUUUUAGCUUAAGGCGAAACUGCCUAUCUCAGUUAUUUUUCAAUAGAGCUCUGACCUGCACCUGUGGCCUGUGAUCUGUAAUCUUUUUUUUUUUGUACCUGCCACUGCCGACAGGCUCCCAGGGAAACGUUGUUUAAAGAGAAGGGGAGAGACUUUAUCUCCUCGCACGGUAACCGGUCAUUUCGACCCCAACUCAUUUCGCCCCGGUUACUUAGCCCCCCUCGAACUAUAAGCCAUGAAGCAAAACAAGCACGCUUCAAAAGUAACAUCCUCGUUCUAAAAUAGGGGGCUAAGUAACCGGAGCGAAAUGACCGUAAAGCCCUCGCACUGUCCCCCACUAACGAGCCUUUCCAUAGGCAAGCACAUCCACAUAGUACGCUGCAAUAUGAAGAAAUUGUUUGAUUUAGCUUAAGCAAGUGUAUUUUCUUCUGCGGCAAGCAGUGUAGUGUUUGAUGUUGUAUUUGGCCUAAGAUGUAAUCCUCUCUCUUUUCCUCAACAGUGAAGCUGAUGCAGAAAUUGCUUCUUUGGCUCGAUCAUGGAACUGCCCAGUUCUAGGCAACGACAGUGACUUCUUCAUAUUUGAUGUAAAAGCAGGCUACAUACCACUGUCUUUUUUCGACUGGACAGCAGGUCAAUUAAGAGCCAGUAUUUUCUACCGUAGUAAACUGGCAUCACACUUUGGAAUUCGCGCAGAACUGAUUCCUUUGUUAGCUUCUUUGGCGGGCAAUGAUUACGUGAGUUCGGACGCACUGGCAGCUUUUAACCUUGCACUGAUUCGCAUUCAAACCACGAAUCGUUUUAGCCGAAGAGAAGCAAGGUUUGCAAGCAUUGCUAACAUGCUGUCCGAGCUACCUGACUCGUGUAACCAACAGAAAGCACUGGAGUCCGUCCUUCAAAUGAUAUCAUCACCGCAAAACAGAUGUGAACUGAGACAAGUUGUAGAACUUUCUCUUCAGGAAUAUAACAUUAAGGAAUCGAAUUUAUUGGAUUAUUUUAAAACUGGUGCGGUGUGCAGCUCUCUUAGGACACGUAAUGGCCACGAAAUUGAGCAGUGGGUUUUGCGUCGGUUUCGUUCUGGGCUGUUUUCAACCAAAUUUAUGAACAGUUUAACCUCAGGUAAAUGCUUGCUUCGAGUGCAGGUUGAAAACUGUGGGGAAAUUUCCGCAAACCGCUCUUCUCUCUGGCUUAGACAGUUUGUUUACGGUAUUCUAAACGAUGUAGAAGAAGGCACAAAAGAGACGGGAAAUUUACCAGCUGUGCGAGAAUGGGAUAGAGAGGGCAUGACGGUGAAGCCGUCAAAUGUUGCACCCUAUCAAGAGGGUGUGGUACCAGGUAUAAGUCUCAUGCCAUAUCUCGAGACCACAGAGACGCUAAACUUUUUGUUAUUUGCGCUUGAUAGUGCAGACACACCUGAAAUAGGGGCCUUACCGCAGGAUAUGAAGUUAUUUGUUGCAUCACUUCGUUAUCUUCUCAACAAUGCGCAGCCAGAGCUAAAGAUGAAUCAUCUCUUGGCUUUAUUGUGCUGUUGUGUUAACUUACAAGACAAUUUGAAGGAAGAGAACGUGAAAACUACAAACCUAAAAUACUCCCCUCAAUCGUUUGAUCUGCGAGCAGCGCACAGUUUUUGUCAGUGGCAGUCUGUUUUGAGAGACGCUAUCAACCUUAACUGUACUUUACUCGAGCCUGUGCUUACGCCGUACAUUCAUAAGAUAUACAAUGGACAAAUGGCGCACAAUCUGGCGGAGAAACUAAAUCAAGGUAAGUUAUUUAUCGACAAAACACUGAGUAAACUAUGCCAGCACUUUCCCGUGCACAAGCAAUACUCAAAACUAUGAAAAUUAGAACAAAAAAUUGAAAAACUUAAAAGACUUUUACAACAGAUGGACUUACAGUUAGAUGGUUUGCAUUUGGCACUGACUGAUUAUUGCGGUCGAAUCUUUCAACUUCUAUCGAGCUCAGCUACUUGAUUGGAUUGUGAGACAAAGUCACUGCCUUUUAGUCAAGCCCUUUUUGCAGGCGGACAUUUCCACCUCAAGUUGACAUUUCUUUUCAUGUUGAAUUUCUUUUCACGUUAGCUUGUGCUACUUUAAUAACCUACGUGAAAAGUCGAGUCACCGCAGAAUACUAGUUGACUCGACGCUGGUUGCAAAUAAAAAUAUAGGUUAUGAAUACUCUCUUAUGUUACAGUUGCAAGCUAACCGUUACCUUUUCAGUUUAAUUUUUCAAUGACAGCCGACAGUCCAACACUUCUACACUACAACGUGAACCUUGUUACACCUUGUAAUGUUACAAUCAAGAAAAAACGUACGAAUUUAGUAGUUAUUUAUUAUGUACUUUCUUUUUGCAGGACUUACCCCAGAGGAACUAAUUCCGUCUUUAAAACAAUUCCAGUUGUUCAACAAACUUAAAACAGCAGUAACAAAGGAUCUGCUACACAAAAUCGCUCCAGAAAAGAGACCACGUGAAAGGAACAAUGGAAGGAAGGCCAAAGGUUCUCAUGUCAAGGCUGCAACGAACACAUCUGAUGACGACGAAAUGUUGGAAAAUCGAUUUGCAUAUUUGUUUAAUUUGGAAGAACAAGAUAGUCAGGAUGACGACAAGUGA